ACGAACAAUAAAGUCGGACGUAGCUGCGCGUCGCUCCCGAAAAAUAUUUAAUUUGUGGACGCUCUUUCGCGAGUGCAGACAUAAAUAAAACCAACAUGUCUUUUGCUCCAUUCCAGACUGAAUAGUCGGUUAUAACCAAACCCCAAUUACAAGUGAAUCGGCUUAAACAAAAGUAUCGCCGAGCGUCGGCUGAGAAAUGUUGAAUGGACAGCGUCGCGUCUAACAAAUAAAAAGUACACACAAUCAACGAAUGCACAUAAACAAGACGAGACAGCAAACGCAGAAUCGAGUGAAAACCUAUUUUAAAACGCCGAGAUAUAUUUAUUUUGUUGACGCUUAGGAUUUUCGGUGUUCGCAUCUGAAUGUCUGCGAGUGCGUGUGAGUGCGCGAGUGCGAUUGUGUGGGUUGCAUACCACGGCGAAUAACUGCAAUUGCAAUAGAGAGAAGACACAUACACACAUAAUUGGAUUAUGGCCACACGUCAAUAAGAACAGAGAGAGAGAAAGAGAGCAGUCGCCAAAUCCAAACGGACUUCCAACUGCGAGCGCUUCCAGUGCAGCUUCCACAACUGCAACGUGCCAAGAAUCAAUGAACAAUCCAAAACAUUCCAAACACCGAUAAUAAUCAACCAACUAAGUACACAAGUUUCUAAUUCGAAGCAAAUAACAGUGAUUGAUAGUUAUUUAUCACCAUAUUUUUUGUUUCAAAAUUUUGAAAGUUGUCAAACUCGGACCUAUGGAUCCGAUAAAUGUUUCGUGCUUCGUUCUAUAAACAAACACCAAAAACAUCGUCCGUAGAAAAAAUUGUGCCCGUCUACCCGUCGCGUUAACCCGCCAAUCAUAGUGUUAUCAUGGGAGAUACCAUGUUGUAGCUAAGAGCUCCAGCAUCAGCCAAACCACACAGAUACAACUCGAUCUACAGAGUUCCCACCCACAAGCAAGCAAGGCAAGGUCGCCCAACGACAAAAACAAACCAACUUUACAUACACAUCCGGAUACGACAGCAACAUACGUCGUAGCUGAUAAACAUGAGCCUAAAUCAGCACAGUGGGCCCGGUCCGCCGUCGGAGAUCUACGGUCUAGCAGUGGACCAGGUGGACUCCUCGGUGUCCGCCCCCUCCCACGUCUCCCCCUUUGUCUGGCCCAGCACAGCGGGCAUGUGCAGCAACACCACCACGCCAACACCAUCUGUAAGUGCAGCGUACAAAGGCACAGAUGCCACAUCCAAUGGAGACGCCACCGCGGAAGCUUCAGUAAAACAUCAACCGCUUCACAAUGGCGGAUGGAUCGGGAACGGUCUGCCACCAGCGCCCGUAACAAGGACGAUAUCAUCGGAUCGCCUGGUCACCGGCAGCUCGUGUCGGGCGCUGCGCACCGCCGUCUCAGCAUUAUAUUCCGUGGAUGACUUCGUCAAGGAGAAAAUUGGAUCAGGAUUUUUCUCGGAGGUUUACAAGGUCACACAUCGUACAACCGGCCAGGUGAUGGUGCUCAAGAUGAAUCAGUUGCGGGCCAAUCGACCGAAUAUGCUGCGGGAAGUGCAGCUCCUCAAUAAGCUCUCGCACGCAAAUAUACUGAGCUUUAUGGGCGUUUGCGUGCAGGAGGGCCAACUGCACGCCCUGACCGAGUACAUCAAUGGCGGCUCUCUGGAGCAGCUGCUGGCCAACAAGGAGGUGGUGCUCAGCGCCACGCAGAAGAUAAGACUGGCGCUGGGUAUUGCGCACGGCAUGUCCUACGUCCAUGACGCGGGCAUCUUCCACAGAGAUCUGACGAGCAAGAACGUACUUAUUCGCAAUCUGGCCAACGAUCAGUAUGAAGCCGUCGUGGGUGACUUUGGUCUAGCCGCAAAGAUACCAGUCAAAUCCAGAAAAUCACGCCUGGAGACCGUCGGUUCACCGUAUUGGGUCAGUCCGGAGUGCCUGAAGGGUCAAUGGUAUGACCAGACGAGCGAUGUCUUCUCCUUCGGCAUCAUCCAGUGCGAGAUCAUAGCCCGUAUUGAAGCCGACCCGGACAUGAUGCCGCGCACUGCGUCGUUUGGCCUGGACUAUUUGGCAUUUGUUGAGCUGUGUCCCAUGGACACACCCCCCGUCUUUCUACGCCUGGCCUUUUACUGUUGUCUAUACGACGCAAAGAGCCGCCCCACUUUCCACGAUGCCCUCAAGAAGUUGACCCUGCUGCUGGAAAAGUACGAACACGAGUCGUCGGCAGGAGCGAGUCCACUUAGUUCCCUGGAGCUGAUCAACUGCUCCCCAGGAGGAAGUGAUUCAGAGAAUAUAACCUCAACUCCCCGGACUUCAGCCCCGACUGUGGCCACUAUUUGUACGGCACCAGCUGGAAAUUUAACACCGCGUCAUCUGAAAGAAGUCGAUGAAGAAGGGUUCCGUUUCCCGAGUAAGAAGUCUGCCUCGGCUGCACUGCCGGGCACACCAAAUGGGUCCGCCGGAAGCAAUGGCUUUGAUGAUCACAUACUAAAGUCCAGAGUGCGACGUGCCACUCAGAAGUUGGAGGCCGAGAUCCUCCUGCACCGGCGCUCGCUGAGCGAGAACAUUAUACACUUUCCCAUGCACACAUCGCCCAGUGACAAGGCGCGUUGUCAUCAAAUGCAGCGCCAGCGCUCCUCAACCCACUCUCCAACGCCGCCCAGGCAGCUAACUUCAGUGCAGUUGCCCGCCACUGCUAUUCCAGAUCCACCACCACUUCCCCAGCCUGUUUCCGCGGUUCUUACCCUACGCAAAGUAGGCGAAACAAUGUGUCUGAAGGAUCCACAGUACAAGCCGACAUCUGAGAAGGAUCACAACGGCUCUAAACCGAAUCCUUUCGAAGCGCUGGCGCAGCUGCGGGGCGUAAAGAAGAUCCUGGACGCCAAUCCAAAGACCUAUGCAGCUGGAGUGGGAGAUCUAUUCAGCUCAUGCUUCGAAACGCUGGCGCCGUUCUUCAAGGAGCUGGCCGCCAUGCAGAGCAAGGCAGUGGCUCAGGGUGGAGGAGCGAGUACGGAUGAAGCAGCAGCCGCAACACCAGCUGGAAAGGUAACGGCAGCGACUCCCACUGAACCAAAGAGUCUGCCGGUGUCGCCGCAUAUGACGCGCAAGUACAGCGCCAUCGAGCUGCGCCUGCCCCAGAGGAUUAGUAAUGCUGCUCCAGUUGCCCCACCACCAACUGCCUUACCAGCAGAUGAGGAUGACUGCGAAUAUUGCUUUUCAGAAGGCGAGGAUCCCGAUGGCGGUGGCAACUGUGCGGAUGCAGAGUCCAGCAGCGACGACAGCGCCGAGCGUCCGGCCACAGUGCCAACGGCUCGCAAAUACCGCGCGAAUUCCUUGUACACGCAUCCACUUUUUCGUGGCCCCAAUGGCACCAGCAUGAAAAGUACCAGUACCGGGGAAUUCGAGAGUACAGCUCUACUAAAGGCCAGCGCAUCGACAAUAACGUUGACUGCCUCAGUGGGUGCAUCCAAUUCCUGCGGGGAUCUGACUGAAAGCGCCAAGAAGUCCAAAGACCAAACGAGUUGCAGUGCAGCUGCCACGACCUUGGCUUCGCCCGCUCCCAUGUCCAGCUGUUCGGCCAGGCUGGCGGAGACCCCGGCGUCCGUGUCAUCAUGCACCGAUCUUGAGCUCGACGAACUGAAGAACACCUGCGAUCUGAGCGAACUUAAGAACUCGUGUGAGCAGCUUCCCCUCAAAACAAACCUAACAAGACGGGACUCCAUCGAAAGUGGCUUCUUUUCGUGCUUCAAUGAGGAGUCGGAUGCAGCGAUAACCAACAACAGUUUUGGACGACAGCUAAACGGGAUUGGGUCGUUGGGGUUUGGCUGCGGCGGCGGGGGCAACAGUAGUAACUGUUGCUACGAGAAGCUGAAGACGCAGCUAAUGAUCGAUGCAUGUGUCAGCGCAGAUAGUGAAAUCAACGAUAAACUUGCGAGUCUGUGUCGUUGUUGCUACUACGCCACCUCCACUUCGAAUGCCGCUGUAACUGCUGCCGCUGCUGCGGCCCAACUACAACAGCAGAGCCACUUGCUUAACGACACAUCUUCAACCUCGUCGUCGGUUUUGCUAAUCGACAAUGAUCCCGCUGUGAUCGGAGGGAAUACCUCAUCUUCCACAGCGCUGGACUCUAUGGAUGACUUGGACGCCGAAAUUGUGGCGUCGCGACCCACACACCAGCGACGUUACACCUGCCAUCAUGCAUUGCUCAGCGGAAAUGGGAGCGAUUCACAGAUGGCGGCCACGACAGGCCUGAUCAAUCGACUAGCCCUCGACUCUGAGAUUCAAACGCUGCUCCAACGCAGUCCAUUCGCGACGAACCAAUUGCUGUACUGCAAGAACCGCACCUCGUCCAUCUACACGGACAGUUCCGAUGACAUAAGCAGCUUGGCAGGAUCCGAUUCCCUGCUCUGGGACGAUCGCUCCUUCACGGCCCUGCCCAGCACGCGAUCCGCCCAGAUAGCCAAGAUAGUAGAGUAUUUUGAGCGAAAGCGGCAAGAUUCUUCUCCACCAUCGCUGCACCAUCGCAAUGGGAACGGAACGGUGGCCGCUGCUGUGGCUGCCUCGGCACUGGGAUCCAACUACCUCUACGAGUCGCGUCGCUAUUCGGACUUCAAGCGCCACCUGAAUCCGGAUGCUCUGUGCUUUGACCUCGACAAGAAGCCGGCACAGCAAAGGAUGAUGGUGUGCGAAGGUGCGGUCAAGUCAAAGCUUCCAAUAUUCGACAAAAAAAAGUAGCAGCAGGGCGGCUAUCCGGGAUCUCUUUAUGGAAACCCAGACCUGAUUCAUAUUUAUUAACUUAUUUGUUCAGUCACCUUGGGAAUUAGUUAGAUUCUGUGAGAUUUUUACCCUUAUACCCGAUUCCUUCAUACCUGGCAGUACCACUUGAUAAGAAUACAAACAAUCGCAAAUUAGUUUGCCCACAAAAGUUGGUUAGUUUUCGAUGCCUACAAGUGUAAUUUAGUUGAUAAUUUAUUUCCUUAUCGUCAAAUAAGCCAAAAUGUUCUACUAAAAAUUAAGCAUGCCCUUUACAUUAAGAGAAACCAUUUCAUUUAUAUUAGUUUGAAAAUUGUAUCUUAUUACCGUUUACCAUUUACAUACAUAUACAUAAACAUAAUCAUAUGUCGUACUGGUUCCUAGUCCUUCAAAUUUACUUCUACAUAUGUUAUGCUAAAUUAGCGAAUAUUCAGAAACCAAUCGUGGAAAGUAUUUAUUCUUAUUAAUUAAAUCUGUCGCUGAUAAACUCCUAUGAAAUGGCAUAGCUGUUCUUUAUAAAUACAUUUACAUAUAUUAUUAAAUUUAUCGCGCUAUUUAUUUGAUUUUGUCUAAACUCUGUAUAAAAUGAUUAUGUUUAAAAUACAAUACAAAUAUACACCCUUACAUAUAUACAUAAAAUGGCAUAUUGCAAUACAUACUUUUACCUGUAGCGAUUAAUUACCAAGUAAGGUCAAAGUUAAAUAUCUAUGUAGACUUAUCAACUUGAGGUUUUAAGACUUGAAGCCCAUUUUCGCUCGAAAAUUGUACAGAUGAUCCCGGAUCAAUUCGAGAAGCAAGACCAUUUAUCAUUGCCCAAUUCUGAUUGGCUUUAUCAAACAUUGGACUUUAGUUUUACUUUUUAACGUUUUAAUGAUGUGGGUAUCUGCAUUACAAAUAAAUACAAAUGUAUACAUCAAACCUAGCGGAUCGAUAUUACAGAUUUGCUAAAAAUUCGAUUUUACAUAGAGUAUAUUAUGGGGCAUGAUUUAUUGUUUUGCUUAAUGUUUGUGGGUCCUCUAUAAUCGAACUUACAUAUAAGGUUAAUGCAAUUCGGCUGCAAUUAUACUUCAAUUAUUACACAUAUUGCAAAAGCAAGGCGAAGACUGAGCCAUCGUUUUUCAAUUGGCUAGUAGUUUCCAUUAUACUAAUGAUAGGAAAAUAUAUCCGUAAUUUGAUUAUCGAAAAUUCAUUUGAAAUUAAUGGCUCCCAACUGAAGCAUCUUACUUUACCAACUUAGACACUGUUCAACAGAAAAAAUAAUAAAGAAAAAAGAGACUUCCGUGGCAGCUGUAAAUAAAAUACAAUAUGUGUA